CACCUUCACCAUCACACCUAGCCGGGCUUUCUGCACCGCUGCCUGCACGAUGACACCAGUGACCUGAUCCGUGCAUACCGUGCCCAGAAAGACCGUGACUUUGAGGACCCCUACAGCGGGCCUGGCUCAUCCCUGCGCAAGCUGCGUGCCAUGUGCCGCCUGGACUACUCUGCACCCGAGGACCUGGGCGAGGUGGCCCCCAAGGCUUUCUCCUCCUCAUCGUGCUGUGCCAUGCCGACCACCACCUGUGCAGCUGGCUCCCCACACCUUGUUCGCAGCCACAGUGAACGCCAUCCAGCGAUGCCACCUGACAUGAAGUACAUCUCCCCCAAGCACCGGCUUAUCAAGGUCGAGAGUGGCAGUGGCAGCAAUGGCACAGGCAAGAAGCUCAACAGGGGCUCCAAGCAACUGGUGAUCUCUGUCCCCUCUGCCAUGAAAGAUAAAGUGUUGAUAGCUGAUGACUACUCAGAUCCGUUUGAUGCCAAAAGUGAGUUGAAUAGAAUGAGAAAAGGAGAGAGCACUGGCUAUAUGGAACCAUAUGAAGCCCAGAGAAUAAUGACUGAGUUUCAGAAGCAGGAAGGUAUAAAGUCCCAUCAGAAAAACAUGCAGCUCUAUGACACACCCUAUGAACCAGAAGGCAGUGUUAUGGAAUCCAAUUCUGAAAGUGUGGUGAGUCAUCAUUUACGAGAAAACAAAUUGCCACAGGAUGAUGACAGGCCUUCAGAUGAGUAUGAUCAGCCAUGGGAGUGGAACAGAGUCACCAUUCCAGCUCUGGCAGCCCAAUUUAAUGGAAAUGAGGAACGGCAAGCACCUUCUUGUCCCUCAAAUGACCAGCGCAGGCAGUUAAGAACACCUGGAGGAGGCUUUAAACCCAUCAAACAUGGCAGUCCAGAAUUUUGUGGGAUCCUGGGAGAGAGAAUAGAUCCAACUAUUCAACUGGAAAAGCAGAUAUGGUAUCACGGACCAAUCAGUCGGACAGAUGCAGAAAACCUGUUACGUUUAUGUAAAGAGUGUAGCUACCUUGUAAGAAAUAGUCAAACAAGCAAGCAUGACUAUUCUCUUUCACUGAAGUAA